AUGGAGAGUGCACGUUUGAUCCAAACGUCCCUUUUGGUGUUUCUCUUGCUCUCUUUGAGUGUUUCUUACGUGCAUUGCCAAGCCACUCGUGUUGGGUUCUACUCCAAAUCAUGCCCUCGAGCUGAAUCCAUUGUUCGCUCAACGGUUCAAGCUCAUUUCCAAUCUAAUCCCACUGUGGCUCCUGGAUUGUUAAGGAUGCACUUUCAUGACUGUUUCGUGCAGGGUUGCGAUGCUUCUGUCCUUGUUGAUGGGCCUGACACUGAGAAAACAGCCGGACCUAACCUUGGUUUGAGAGGAUAUGAAGUUAUUGAUGAUGCGAAGACCAAUCUUGAAGCUGCAUGCCCUGGUGUUGUUUCUUGUGCUGAUAUUCUUGCGCUUGCUGCUCGCGAUUCUGUCGUUCUGACAAAUGGACCAAAUUGGCAGGUGCCAACCGGACGCAAAGAUGGUCGAGUAUCAUUGGCUUCUGAUACUACCGAUUUGCCUGGCUUUACAGAAUCCAUUGAUGCUCAGAAGAAAAAGUUUUCAGCGAAAGGUUUAAACGCUCAAGAUCUGGUUACUCUUGUCGGUGGCCAUACUAUUGGAACUUCAGCUUGCCAGUUCUUUCAGUACAGAUUGUAUAACUUCACUACUACUGGAAAUGGUGCCGAUCCUACAAUCAACCCCAGUUUCCUUCCUCAAUUACGAGCACUCUGCCCACAAAAUGGUGAUGCCACAAGGCGUGUUGGACUAGACACCGGUAGCCAAAACAGAUUUGACUCAUCUUUCUUCUCCAACUUGAGGACUGGCCGAGGAGUACUUGAGUCUGAUCAAAAGUUAUGGACUGACGCCUCCACCAGAAGUUUUGUUCAAAGCUUGCUUGGGUCAAAUGCCUUCAAUGUGCAGUUCGGAAAGUCCAUGGUGAAGAUGAGCAACAUUGGCCUCAAGUCUGGUACUCAAGGUGAAAUUCGCAAAGUGUGUUCUAAGAUCAACUGAUCAAAAGGGCUCCAAG